AUGGAGAGUACCACUUCCAAGACUGCCACAAAACGUGGAACCCCUAAAAAGCGUUGGAAGCCUGAUUUUGAUAAUUUUUCAAUACCAGUUUUGGUAGAGCAUGUGAGACAGAUUCGUAAGUGUGACAAAUCAUUUAAGCGGGCUAGGUUCGGAUAUGCUGCAAGUGCCAUGAAUGCAAUAUUUAACACUAAUUUCUCGGUAGAGAAUGUGGAGAACCAUUACAUGACACUAAAAGGAAGGUACAUGGAAAUCAAGAAAGCGAGGGACCUAAGUGGGGUAGGUUGGGAUGAUAAAAACAAGGUGAUUAUUCUCGACCCAAUUGUGGCCUUCAUGUACACUGAGGCACACUCGAGUGCAAAACAAUUCAUCAACGAGCCCAUUGAGAAGUAUGAAGCGCUUAGGAUAAUUUGUGGUGAUGACAACGCAACAGGUUCUUACGCAGCUUCUUUGUUUUCAGAUUUUACAGACAAAACUGAAAAUGAAGAAGGUGACAAUGACAAUGGUGAAUUAGACUCAGUUGAUCUUGCUAGUGAUAAGGAAGGUAAUAAUGGCGACUCUACACCCAUAGGUAGCAGCAACCUUGCUACCUCAUCAACUGUUAGAUCCCAGAGUAAUAGCAAGGGGCCUAGAAGCCCUUCCAUGAUGUCGGAUCUACUUACUAUUGUGGAUAAGAUGGCUAAUGCAAUUCAGAACCCAACCUAUUGGAUUGAGAUUUUAUAUGAAAGGUUUAUGGGUGUUGAGGGGUUCACCAAGCAUGAGCUUGUUGCGGUAUUUGAUUAUCUUCAGUCUAGGGAAACUGAAGCUAGGGGCUUCUUAGUGAGAGAUAUCGAACUGCAUCAAGAUUGA